AUGGAAGGAAGUUCAAUUCCACAAGGACUCACCCCGGAUGAAUACUCGGAGCUUCAACUCUUAAUCAAUGCAUACCACAUGUUCGACAAAAUACCAAACACAUGCACCUCCCUCAUCACCCAGCGCAUCGACGCUCCUAGCGACGUAGUUUGGCCGCUGGUGCGCCGUUUUGACAACCCACAGAGAUACAAACAUUUCAUUAAGAGCUGCAACAUGUUUGGGGAUGGUGGUGUUGGCAGCAUGCGCGAGGUGACUGUCAUCUCCGGCCUUCCAGCCUCCACCAGCACCGAGAGACUUGAGAUUCUGGAUGACGAGAAGCAUAUUUUGAGUUUCAGAGUAGUAGGUGGUGAGCAUCGAUUGAAUAACUAUCUUUCUGUUACUUCUGUUAAUGAAUUCAAGAAAGACGAAAAGGUUUACACCAUUGUUUUGGAAUCAUACAUCGUCGAUAUACCUGCCGGGAACACAGUGGAGGAUACAAAAAUGUUCACAGAUACUGUUGUCAAAUUGAAUCUCCAGAAGUUGGGUCUUGUCGCCAUGUCAUCUCUGCAUGGAAAUGAAUGA